CUUAACAACAACAACAUGUAACAUGUAACUGCGUAACAGCAUGUCUGAACAGACACACUUACACACAGAAACAGACAGAGCCACCUGCAGAAAGCUAAUGUGGUUUACACAGCCUUUUCUGUGUCGUGAUACAGGUGAGAGGGUCCGGCUGCUCUCUCUGUUCUCCUCAGAGUUAACUGAACUGGGUUCAGUUUUCGGUCUGAGCAGGCCAGGCUGGGAGGCCAUUGCGGCCCCCGGGUCCGUCCAGGUGGGGAGCAGAGCCGAAGGGAAGUGAGUUGAGUGGAGCGUGGGGGGAAAGAGCGAACAGAGCUUGUGCUGCUGUUUUUAUCAGUGAGGCGUUUGAGGUGACAAAAGUUCAGCAAGAUCACAAAUAAACAUCCUCAGCUUUGUGAGGUCCCUGUGAUCACAACUGCUAAAAGGGCCUAUAUGCACAUCAUGCAGCAAACAGUUCAGCUUUCUUUGAAAACAUGUCACCUUCCCCCUCCCUCGUUUGGGCGGGUCGACUUUCAGAAACAAAAACAGCUACACAACACAAAGAAGACGUCAGUCUGGUUUCACCUUUUCAUCUCUGCAGCCAAAUAUGUGACUCAACCUGACAUUCGGCUAUGGAGAGAUUCUCACUGUUGAGUAACAUAGGUGGUCCGCUGUCAGCAGACACUACAGAGCAGAAAGAAGAACUCAGUCUGGUGUCAGCGUCAUCAGCUCUGCUGUCAUGGUCACUUUAACAUGGCCGCCAUUUGUGGCUUUGUUCGCAUGUUCAUGGAUCGUUGUUCUGUGUCAAGAGACACAGGAGGUGAAGGCUGGAGAGGACGCCACUCUUCAGUGUCAGGGUCACAGAGAGGCUGCAAUCACACUGAUAAAGUGGAGUAAACCUGACCUGAAGUCAGAUGAUGGUUAUGUCUUCUUCUUCAGCCUUGAUGAAAAAAAUGAAAACAUCCAGCAUCCAUCUUAUCGUGGUCGAGUGGAGCUGAGAGAUCCAGAGAUGAAGGAUGGAGACGCUUCUGUGAUUCUGAAGAACGUCAAAACCAAUGACACUGGAACAUAUGAGUGUCGGGUUAGAGAGAAAGACAGUUCAGGCAAAGUUGAAGUCGUCAGCUCCAUCGGUCUGACAGUGACAGAACCAGGUCACACAGCUGGACACAAGGAGGGAGGAGACGAGGAGGGAGGAGACAAGGAGGGAAAUGUUGGACUGAAAGUUGGUCUGUUAGUUGGUGUGAUUCUUCUUGUUGGUGUUAGUGUUGUUGUUUUUAGAAAGAAGAUCUUUGGAAUAUGUAGAGUAUGCAAAGACAACAAUUCAGACAAACAUAUUGCUCAUAGAAAUGUACCAAUGCGAACGUUUUUCUCUGGCUGCUGAUUGGUGGACUGAAUGUGCUGCUGGACAGAAGAAACACAUUCCUCCUGUAAAAUAAACCUGAGCUGUUGACACACGUCUGAAUUCACCUGGAGGCAGGUUAAUGCCAGAUGGGCUGACUGACCAGCAGCUCUGUGGGACAAACAAUAUGACCUGAUGCUGGAACAGCCAGCUGAUUGUUAAUUACAGGAAGUGGUACAGACCGUCAGCACCUCCCCUCACCCUUAAAAGUGGAUCCAUCCAUCCAUGUAGAGUCAGCGUUCAAGAGAACAAGCAGAGUUCAGAUCAAAUAAACUGGUUAAAUGACAAAAAGUGAAAAGGUCAGAAAGAAAAAGAAGCAUAAUCUCUGGUCUGAUGCUGUAAAAUCUUCUAAAUGAACAGUGACCGAUCCAGUGUCAAUCUAAACUCUGCUAGCUGCAGUUAUAACAUUAACAGUAACUCUUGGAUGGUUGGAGCUGGAUUGUGUUCCCAGUCCAACCCUGAAGAGCUCUGUCCCUGUUGUUCACUCACCGACCUGCAUCAGAGCUAUCCCCUGUCACUACUGGUGUUCCCCAGGGCUCUGUCCUGGGGCCCCUUCUGCUCAUCAUCUAUCUGCUUCCUCUUGGUCAUAUCUUCCGUAAAUUUUUUGCGGAUGACACACAGCUCUACCUGUCCACCAAACCUAACACAUCUCUCCCACCCACCUCCCUCUUGCCUAAAUCCCACCUGAAAACACAUUUUUAAACUGGCAUAUCCCACAUGAUCACUAUUUAUCAGGUCACAGCAAUCUUUGUUUCCAGUUGUACCCUGAUUUUUAUGCACUGUAACUAUAGUUGUUAAUUUUAUUGAGUUAUUGCUGUACAGUUUUAUUAUGUUUUGUGAGGCGCCUAUAAAUAAAAUGUAUUAUUAGAGCCCGACCACGAACCGUGUGAACUCACCAAACUUUGCACAUAAUUCGGAUGCGGCAAACAAUUCCGUAUAUUAUGGGUUUCACGCAUGGGCAUGGCCAGAGCCAGAUUAAGAAGUCUGAGG